UGUGUUUUUAUAUGUCAUCGUGACUUAAAUCCGUAUUGAAUAAUAGAAUACUAUUGCCUCCUAUGGCACAGCAUCAGUUCCAUCAAAUUGCAUUCUUCUUCUCCUCCUCUCUAUGUGCAACAGCAUCGAAUUCUCCUCUCAAUUCGCGGAAUUGUGAAUUUGUGUAAAAAAAAUAUUUUAAUCUAAUGCACCUAGUUCUGUUUUUUGAAGGUAUAUAUAAACAAUGUCUCACCAUUUGAAAAGCGUCAUUUUACUGGAUAUUGUCUUACAAUUAAGAAGGUCUCGCGAUUGUUUUUUUUAAAAAAAAAUAAAGUGCAUUUGUGAAUAUUUUUUGUGUUUGUGGCUUAUUCGAAUCAAAUGAAAGUCAAUUUCUGAAGUUUAAGUGAAAAAGAAAUAAAAGCUAGCGAAAGAAAGGAAUCAGAAAAACGAAAAUGAAAUUGUUCAUCACCACUUUAUUUGUGGCGGCAUCAAUAUGUUCAAUAAACUGUGCACAAUUGAACAAUAAUUAUUUGCCACCAGCUGGAGCAGGUCAAGCAGGAGGCGGUCCAGGCUUGCAAGCACCAAAAGGUCCAGGUAAUAAUGCAUUAGGAGGAAUUUCUCCUUCUUUUCCAGGAGCAAAUCCUCCACCAGCACCAAAUCGUCCAGUACCUCCCUCUCAAGGACGACCUGCUUCACCAAGUUCAGGAUCUCCAGGACCAACGAUUGAGAUUAUAUCGUAUGAAAAUGUGAACAAUGGAGACGGAUCAUAUAAAUGGAGCUAUGAAUCUGCAAAUGGUAUAAGAGCUGAAGAAACAGGAGAUGUAAAGAAUAAAGGAUCAGAGAAUGCCAUUCAAACUGUUCAAGGUUCCUACAGUUACACGUCACCUGAAGGUCAAGUCAUCCAGAUUACUUAUACGGCUGAUGAGAAUGGAUUCCAAGCUGCAGGAGAUGCACUCCCAACGCCAGUUCCACUUCCUGAAGAGAAUUUGAGGGCUAUUGCUGAACAUGAAGCUGCUCUUGCCACGGCUGUUCCAGAUACAGCUGGAUCUUCAGGAGUAUCAUCUCCAGGUGGUCAGAGACCUCCAUCUGGACCAAGCUCACAACCUAGACCACAAUCAGGACCUUCUCCACCUGCAGGCACAUCAUUUGGAGGCACACAACCCAGACCAGGAUCUCCAUCACCUCCAGCAUCACCAGGAUUUUCAAAUCAACCAAGACCAGGUGGUGGUAGUGGAAGUUAUAGUCCACAAUCUGGAUAUAAAUACUAAGAAACCAAAAAAUAAUGACGAAAAUGCAAAGAAAAGUUCAAAAUGCUGUGAAAUUGAAAUUUUACGUGAUGUCUCUCUGACCUUCGUCUUUAACUGCACACAAACUAAUUUUUUCAUGCACACUUAUUUCCUCUAUUAACAAUUAAUUUACUUAAUUAAGCUCUUUUUAUUUAUUUAUGAUUGAAUUGAUGCAAG